AUGUACGACAACUGGUACACCAGUUGUAGGACAAUCUACAACAACUGGUACACCAGUGUUGAUCUGGCACACGGAUUGAAUUCUAAACAAACCCACCUUGUGGGAACUCUUCGUGCUAACCGAAAACAGAACCCCAAGAAUCUGGUCUCAAAAAAGUUGAAAAAGGGUGAAGUGGUUGCACUCAAGAGUUCCACAAACAUCCUGGUACUGAAAUGGAAGGACAGGAGGGAUUUACUAAUGUUAAGUACCUGUGAUGAUUCACAAUGCUCAGAAGUCCCCAUGAGGCGUGAUAGUGUGAAACCCAAGCAGAAUGUUGUAAUAAAUUACAAUGCUGCUAAGUCUGCCAUUGAUCUUGCAGAUCAACUGGGUUCAUACAAUUCACCACUUAGAAGGUCCCUCAAGUGGUACCAAAAAAUAGCAUUCAACAUGAUCCUGAACAUUUCUGUAGUGAAUGCACUCACACUGUUCAAUUCAGUAACAAACAAAAAAAUUUGA